GGUCAUACCAUGGGCGUCCAUUCGUACACGGCAAAGUCAACACAGGGAAGUCCUUCCUCUGCGGCUACUGUGCUCUAUUAUUUUAUCUCUCUCUUUCAUCUUUCUGCUUUCCGUCAUUGGACUUGGCGGACUUUUUCACCAUCUGCUUGAUUGCUUGCCUCUUGCCCAAAUAUAUCUCCUUUUCUUUGGAACUCUCAUCAUAUUGAUCAAAAAGAGAGGAAAUAAUCAUUGUUUCAGACUCUUCUUCUGAGGGAGCCGAUUUCUGCGGGAAAGUUGGGAUUUUGCGGCGUGGUUCGUGGUCAAAAUCGCAUUUUUGGGACCGGAAGGUGGAAUAGAUGUUGAUUAUUUAGCGGGAGGGGAAGAGGAAUUAGGGUUUAGAUGGAUAGGUUUUGCUGCUUCAAGGGCUCCAGCUCUCAGCUUGCAGGUCAUUCUUCAGGUGAUGCUGGUAAAGGGAAAAGCUGUCAAGGACACAUGAAAAUUAUAUAUGGAUUUAGUCUUGUAAAGGGGAAGGCAAAUCAUCCAAUGGAGGAUUAUCAUGUUGCCAAAUUUGUCCACACGAGAGGGCAGGAGCUUGGGUUGUUUGCUAUAUUUGAUGGUCAUUUGGGAGAUAAUGUGCCUGCCUAUUUGCAGAAGCAUCUAUUUGCCAAUAUUCUGAGUGAGGAAGAAUUUUGGACUAACCCGGAAAGUGCCAUUUCAAAAGCCUAUGAGAAGACUGACAAGGCAAUUCUUUCACACAGUCCUGAUAUAGGACGGGGGGGUUCUACUGCUGUUACUGCAAUUCUCGUGGAUGGUAGGAAGUUAUGGAUAGCCAAUGUUGGCGAUUCACGAGCAGUCCUUGCAAAAGGUGGAAAGGUGAUACAGUUGACAGUUGAUCAUGAACCAAACACUGAGCGUGGGAGUAUCGAGACAAGAGGUGGCUUUGUUUCAAACAUUCCAGGAGAUGUCCCAAGAGUUAAUGGCCAAUUAGCUGUUUCCCGUGCUUUUGGGGAUAAGAGCCUCAAGUCACACCUGCGGUCAGAUCCUGACAUAUGCUUUCAAGAUUUGACUGCUGAUACUGAGCUGCUUAUCCUUGCGAGUGAUGGCCUCUGGAAGGUCGUGAGCAAUGUGGAGGCUGUUGAUAUUGCUCAAAAGAUUAAGGACCCACAAGCAGCAGCAAGGCAAUUAACCACUGAAGCAUUGAAUAGAGACAGCAAAGAUGACAUUUCAUGCAUUGUUGUUCGGUUCAAAGCAUAGAAAACAGUUGAUUCUUUCAGUUUAUGGUCUCUCUGAGAUCUCCAUUGUUCGAGAGAAGUCAUCUAUAGAUGGCUAUUAACAGCAUAAAGUUGAGUAGGUUAUGUGCAAUGAAGUCUGCGGUAUAACACCAAAUGUUGGGAUGCAAAAUGAGUUCUUGCACCCUUCUUGCUCUCUUGUAAAUGCUUUGAUCCUUUUGUGCCAAAAAAAAUGCUUUCAUCCUCAAUUAGUUAUUAGCCGAGUGUGAUAUUUUUUGAUUCCUUUAGUAGAUUAGUUAAUAAAAGUGUCCCUUGCUUUCAACCGUGUGGUGACAAGAUGGCCUUCUGGGACAGGCCUGAGUGUGAUAUUGGUUGCAUUUCCUGCCUUUUUUUCUUUCUUUUUUUCUAUAUUCUGCUAUAAGUUACAAUGAAAGCCAGACUCUGUUGGUGAAAUUAAAUUUCUUGUUUUAGUGA